AUGGCAACUGCUCAACUGUCGACUCCCAAGAAGAGCCACCAUGGGCUCUUCUCCUCCAAAACUGCCGGCAGCCGCAUGCCUCUGACUCCCUCCCCUCACACUCGAGCAACCGUCGCAACUCCUCAAGCCUCCGAUCAAUCCUCGCCGUUCACUCCGGCUCGACCCGCCGACGCUGGAAACGAUAAGUCAAAGUCUGUCUAUGGUGGAAAUCUGUCGUCCUACUUCUCCAAGCCCUCGGUUUCGAAGUCUUCUUCGGCAGUUCCCAAACAACCGCGAACUCAUCGCGAUUCUCCCAAGUCCAACAUUGCUCGUCGUUCGCGGAAAUCCCCCAAGCAUCUGGAACUGGGUCUAUCUGACUGGUCUCUGACCGGUACCGGACCUUCCUCAUCUGGCCAGACUCCCUCAAAAGAGCGUCCUCGCCGAGAAGUUCCCACUCGCUCCCGGGCCGGCAAGACUACGGUUCGGAUCUCUCACAAUGCCGGGGACCGCUUCAUUCCUAACCGGGCUGCCAGCGAGGGAUUGGUCACCACUGGAACCGCCAAGCCCGAGGACAGCCAACGCCCCAAGACUAGUGGAAAUGAAGGAUCUUCUGUCCUAGCUUCGGCUGCUAGUGCUUUUGAUAUCAACGGACGCGGAUCCGAGGAAGAUCUCACAGCUGCUCUCGAGAACAUGGGUCUCGAAGAUAACGAACCUUCCACCUACACCCGCCCCGCACCAGACGCCGUUGCUUACGAGUCAUCUCUGGCGAAUGCCUGUGGAGUGAAUCUGAAUACUCGCAUUCUGGCAUUCAAGCCACCGCCCCCUGAAUCUUCCAAGCCAAUCGAUCUCCGAGCGCAGUACAACCGUCCUCUUCGUCCCGCCAAGUCCCAGUCAGCCCAGUUCCGCCGUCGUGUUCAAACGGCCCCCGAGCGGGUCCUCGACGCACCUGGCUUGCUUGAUGACUACUACCUCAACUUGUUGGACUGGAGCUCUGGCAACCAAGUCGCCAUCGGCCUGGAGCGCAACGUUUACGUCUGGUCUGCUGAGUCGGGCACAGUGAACUGCCUUCUCGAGACUUCUCCUGAUACAUAUGUUAGCAGUGUCAAAUGGAGUGGCGAUGGCGCCUAUGUCGGCGUCGGUCUCGGAACCGGCGAGAUUCAGAUCUGGGAUGUUGAGGAAGGCUCCAAGCUCCGCAGCAUGUACGGCCAUGACUCCCGUGUCGGUGUGAUGGGCUGGUCUAAGCACACUCUGUCCACCGGUGCCCGUAGUGGUCUUGUUUACAACCAUGACGUCCGCAUUGCCCAGCACAAGGUUGCCGAGCUGGUCUCCCACACAUCUGAGGUUUGCGGUCUGGAGUGGCGCUCCGAUGGCGCACAGCUUGCUACUGGUGGAAACGACAAUCUUGUCAACAUUUGGGACGCUCGCUCUCUCAGCGCACCCAAGUUCACCAAGACCAACCAUCGUGCGGCCGUCAAGGCCCUUAGCUGGUGCCCCUGGCAACUGAACCUCUUGGCUACCGGAGGUGGCUCGUACGAUCGUCACAUUCAUUUCUGGAACACCACCACUGGUGCUCGUACCAACAGCAUCGACACCGGAUCUCAAGUCACCAGUCUCCGUUGGAGCAACCACUACCGCGAGAUUGUUAGCUCAAGUGGCUUCCCGGAUAACUCUCUUAGCAUCUGGAGCUACCCGACCCUGGUGCGCAACGUUGAGAUCCCCGCCCACGAGACCCGCGUCCUUCACAGCAGUCUUAGCCCCGAUGGACAGAUGCUCGCGACCGCCGCGGCCGAUGAGAGCUUGAAGUUCUGGAAAGUAUUUGAGCGCAAGCCUGGCAGCAGUGCUUCUGCCUCUCGCGAGGGUGGCGUCGGAAGCAAGGCACAGCUGAGCAAGUCGAUGACUAUCCGGUAA